AUGUCACAUUUUGACGCAAUAGUCAUCGGAGCCGGAGUGGUGGGACCAUGUAUUUCCACUGCGUUGGCCAGGCAAGGAAAGAAAGUGUUGAUAGUGGAACGUGACUGGUCGGAACCAGAUAGAAUCGUGGGUGAAUUGAUGCAACCUGCCGGUAUAAAGGCACUCCAGGAGCUUGGAAUGGCAAAGGCUGUCAACGGCAUUGGUGCACGUAAUGUCACUGGUUACUACAUUAAGUAUCACGAGAAUGAGAUCAGCAUCGACUAUCCUAGUAAGGAAGACGUUUACAAGACCAACCCUGUGAAACCUGUGCCUCAGUGUACCAAGGACGGCAAUGACAAGUUAAGUGACAGCGACCCAGCCCUUGAUUUCCAGGAGUGGGAGAAAGAUGAGAAUGUUAGAGGAGUUUCCCUCGAACACGGCAAGUUUCUCAACAACCUUCGAAAGAUCGUACGUGAUGAGGAGAACGUGACGUGGUUGGAAGGUACUGUGACCAGUUUAGUCAGAGACGAACACGAUCUGAAUAUUGUUAGAGGUGUUUCUGUGAAAUCUGCCUCUGGUGACAUCUCCAUCUACACUGCUUCGGUGACCAUAGCCUGCGACGGUAUUUACUCCAAAUUCCGUAAGGAGCAUGCAGCAGACAACAUUCCUGUUAUUGGCUCGUACUUCGUUGGUCUUAGUUUGGAGGAUGCUGAGCUUCCUUCUCCAAACAGAGGUCAUGUCAUCAUCGGCAACCAUGCGCCAGUUUUGAUCUACAGAGUUUCCGAGCAUGAGACGAGAAUGUUGUGCGCUUACAGAUCUACCAAGCCACCAUCGUCGUCAAACAACAAGUUCUUCGACUACUUAGAGAACGAAGUGAUGCCAAACUUGCCCAAGUCGGUGGUACCAAGCUUCAAAAGAUGCUUGAAGACCCGCAAGUUCAGAGCCAUGCCUAAUCAAUACUUGAGCGCACCCAAGCAGGGCUCCAAGAACAAGGGAUUCAUCAUGUUGGGCGAUGCCUUAAAUAUGAGACAUCCACUUACAGGAGGAGGUAUGACCGUUGGUCUUAAUGACUCCGUAUUACUUGCCAAAUUUUUGUACAAAGUCGAUUUGGACGACCACGACGAGGUUGGACGCAAAUUGGCCCAGUUCCACACCAAGAGAAAGAACUUGGAUGCUGUGAUCAACACUUUGUCCAUUGCGUUAUACUCGUUGUUCGCAGCUGACAGCAAGUCACUCAAGAUUCUUCAGCAGGGCUGUUUCGAGUACUUCUUGCUUGGUGGAGACUAUGUGAGAGGUCCUGUGGGACUUCUUUCAGGUAUGCUUCCAUUCCCUAUGUUGUUGUUUAAUCACUUUUUCUCGGUAGCUUUCUACGCCAUCUACUGCAACUACGCCAAGCAUGGAGUUAUUGGUUUUCCAAUCGCUUUUAUUGAGUCAUUCCAGACGAUUUUCACAGCAAUAAUAGUGUUUACUCCUUACUUGUGGAAAGAGCUUGUGAACUAA